AUGGUAGUGAUCAUAGAAGAAGAAGCAAACAAUAUGGAAGAUGACGAAACAGAUUUGGAUAUCAUGCUAGUAAUGCUGGAUAACCUAGCAGGAGCCUCUACAACCCAUAUGAAUUGCAUUGAACGUCCUCUUUGUCGGCCAAUCACGAACAUUGGUUAUGAUUACAUUCAGAAAGCAUUGAAGGAAAAACCGGAACACUUUCGAUCUUUAUAUCGUAUGUAUCCAAGCUCAUUUCUCAAGCUGUGUGAUCUUAUUAGGGUGAAAACUUGUCUGCGAGAUACUCGCAAUAUAUGCGUCGAAGAGAUGGUGGCUACAUUUCUCUUAACUAUUGGCCAGAGUUCAAAAUAUUGUUACACAAUAGACACGUUCAAGAGAUCAGUAUUUGCCACUAGUGAGAACUUCCAUAAGGUUCUAAAAUCACUGAAUACUUUAGCGCCAGACCUGAUGGCGAAGCCUGAAGUGACAACAUGUGCAAAGAUAAGAGAGAGCACAAGGUUUUAUCCUUACUUCAAGGAUUGCAUCGGAGCAAUAGAUGGCACACAUAUAUUUGCAAUGGUGCCAAAAUCUGAUGUGCCAAGCUAUCGUAAUCGCAAAGGAUUUGUAUCACAAAAUGUUCUUGCGACUUGCAAUUUUGAUCUAGAAUUCAUGUAUGUUCUUAGUGGGUGGGAAGGUUCAGCUCAUGAUUCAAAAAUAUUAAGUGAUGCUCUAACAAGAAGCACUUGCAAACUAGAAGUUCCAGAAGGAAAAUUUUAUUUAGCAGAUUGUGGGUUUGCCAACCGUCAGAAGUUUUUAGCUCCAUUUAGAAGUACUCGGUAUCAUCUACAGGAUUUUACGGGCGAAGGUCGUGAUCCCAGUAACCAGAACGAGUUAUUCAACUUGCGGCAUGCGUCUUUAAAAAAUGUGAUCGAGAGAAUAUUUGGUAUCUUCAAAUCUUGGUUUCUGAUUUUUAAAUCUGCUCCUCCUUUCUCUUUUAAGACACAAGCGGAGUUAGUUUUGGCAUGUGCUGGAUUGCAUAACUUCUUACGUAAAGAGUGCCGAUCAGAUGCUUUUCUAGAAGAAGUGAUCAAUGAAAACCGUGAAGAAGAAGAAGAAUGUGGAGAAGUGGGCACUGAAGAAGUAGGUAUUCUUGAAUCUCAGCAACGAGAGUAUGCUAAUAACUGGAGAAAUAUGAUAGCUUCUAAUAUGUGGACCGAUGCAGUAGGAAAUGGAAGUCAACGGUGA